AAUUGCCUAGACAUUGACGUGGCACAUGUAACGUUACUGCUUCCACGUCCGCCAUUUUGAAGUCAUCGAGUGUGAGGUCAGUACCGAAAACACCAUUGUAUUUAGACUUUCACUCUGCCUAGACUCAAACAUAAACAUCUUGGACAGGUCUAAUUUUUGAUUUAGUUUUUAGUGCCACAGUUAACACGAAUACAUAAUUCAUCAUGGGGAGUACGUUUAGUAGCUUAUUUAAAAGCCUAUUUGGCAAAAAAGAGAUGCGUAUUUUGAUGGUAGGACUUGAUGCUGCUGGUAAAACGACAAUUUUAUACAAACUCAAAUUGGGUGAAAUUGUCACGACGAUUCCUACAAUUGGUUUUAAUGUAGAAACAGUUGAAUACAAAAAUAUCAGUUUUACGGUGUGGGAUGUAGGUGGUCAAGACAAAAUCAGGCCGCUAUGGCGUCAUUAUUUCCAGAACACACAAGGUUUAAUUUUCGUAGUAGACAGUAAUGACAGAGAACGUAUCACAGAAGCAAGGGAAGAACUCAUGAGGAUGUUAGCUGAAGACGAACUUAGAGACGCAGUAUUGCUUAUCUUUGCAAACAAACAGGAUCUGCCAAAUGCAAUGAAUGCAGCUGAAAUCACAGACAAACUAGGUCUUCAUUCACUUCGCCAGCGUAACUGGUAUAUCCAGGCAACUUGUGCCACCAGUGGAGAUGGCCUUUAUGAAGGACUUGACUGGUUAUCAAAUCAAUUGAAAAAUGCAAAGUAGAAAAUGUUAUAAGAAGGGAAAAAAAGCAAUUUUGCCUGGCCUGCACCUACGUAAACCAAAAUACUCCAGAGAAGAAAUAGGUCUGUGUGAGAAGGUUCCUGAGAUCCACCUGUUGUAGCUGUAGACACAAAACCUAUCUAAAACAUUACACACCACUCAAGCUUCUGUUUUUAUUAUUUUUUAAGUGAUAAUUUAAUAUUAAUCUUUAUGGAAUUAUAUGUACAACAAUGAUUAAGCUACAGUCAGGAACUGCCUGGAGUCUCCCUGGGGGGAGGGUGGGAAUGGGAGGAAAUGUCCUGUGGGUGGGGGUGAUUGCUUAAAUGGGGGAUAGGGAAACGCUCGGAUGGCUAUUCUGGUUCAACCAAUUUGAGCACCUCUUUAUUGUUACAGUAUUUAAAAUGGGGUGUAAUCAAUUGUAUAAAGACUGAAGAAGGGCCCUGUUUAGUGAAACUUUUUUCAAUGUACCAUGUUAGUAGUCCAUAUAACUUGAGGAAGUGGGGUGGGGCUCUUAAAGUUAACUUUUGAGAACCUGCCGUAUUUUGUGGGUUUUCAGUCCAAUUUUAUUGCAUGUGUGGUGGCAAUUUGGUACAUUCCUUUGUGUAAAGUGUAUUUUUAGGUAAACCAAAACAAACAAAAAACAAAGUUGGGCAGAAAGAUUGACACAGCUUAUUAACUUCAUAAAAAAAUCGCUGUUCAUGCAACAGCAUUGUAGAUAAUUUAACGUUUGUUACUGUAGCCGUAUUAUUAUAUGGAUGGCUAUGUAAAUUUUAUGAUUAGCAUGUCUGGUCCACGUUCUUAUUUGUUUUGGUUGCUUCGCAGUUUACGUGAACAAGCAUGUAGCAAUAUAUUGAUUGUGUUUCAAUAUUGAUUGUAGGCAGAUUUAAACUCUGAAUUGAUUUUGAUAGUACCCUGACUUCGUUUUAUAUGAAGCAGGUUAAAUUUGGAAGACUAAAAACAGAUGCAAGUGCAGUUGCGUUUAAUGAUCCUAAUAAAAUAAUAUACAUUUAAACUUCAUA